AUGCCUAAAACCGAGAGACACGUGGCGUGGCUUGACAAUUAUUUCAAUAAUAACAAUGUCAAUGGAGAUCUGAAUUUGACAAGCGGAGAGAUUGCAGAAUUAUGCAAUAACGAACUUGACACUGAGGGUUGGACAAAGGGACCAUCGCCAAAAAAUCGGCGAAUAAUGACCAAUGGCGUUGACGCGCAGAUUGUAGGACGACAUAUGCAGGAGCUCAAGAAGAAGGCAGCUGGAAAGCCGCGAGCCACACGUCGCACUCAAAGCGCGAUAGAUAUGAUCAAUAGGGUCCUGGUGAAGAGAGACGGACGUCUAUGGACAGGCGAUAGGAUGCUUCUGGCGAUGUUAAACGAAACAAUUCCGGAAAACAUCAAGAAUUAUGUUGAAGAAAAUGCCAGACAAGAAGGCAAGAGGGCGAAAGAAGCUGGUGGACAAGUACUCCAAGAUUGGGAGGCGCGAAAACGCUCGAGGGUAGCCUCGAACAAAUAUGCUAACAAGAUGUGGGCAGAGUAUAACAAACCUGGAAAGAAGGGCGAAUAUUUGCAAAAGCUAGCAAAUGGCCUGAUCAGUCUCGAGACAGGCGAAGCCAUCAAAGAAAACUCGAUUAACCACCCAGGAUCCUCUUUAAAUCCGGCUAAUGGAUACAAAAAAAGCGCGAGUGACGGUGACGAUGACGACGAUGCUGGUGUAGACGACGACUAUCCAAUGGGCAAUAACAUCGAAACCGAGUGUGAAUCUCAGACUGGAUACGACUCAGUGGACGAUUCAUCCGACUAUCCUGACCAUAUCAAGAAUCUCCCUCAAUCCCAGAUGCAGGUCGAAAAUGGUGUCAAUAAUGAGAAAUCGAACUUGGCUGAUGGCAAUGCUGAGAAGUAUGGGUCGCAGAUGGGUUUCGAACAAAAUUACUGCAAUACGAAUAGACGCUCAGUAUUCGAUAAUGCAGAAAUCGGCGUACCUAAUCUGAGAACAAACCUUUUCGAGUAUGAGGCUUCCGACAUCCGCGCGAUGAUGCAAGACAAAGGUCCUAUGCUGGCAUCCAUGCAACCAUACAGGGAUAACACCCCUUCGAAACACAUGCACACGGGCUUUCAACCCAGUCCUCAGGUUCAAUCGAGCAGAUAUAUUAGCGAAUCUGUGAGACAAAGACAGCAUGAGAGAUAUCAUGUUGGCACUCGUGAGAAACUAGAAAUGAGAGCUAGCCAUGUAGGCUAUCAGGCCCAUAGAAAUCCAUCCAGAUAUCCGGAUGUGCCACAAAUGUUGCCUACUUCCCUGCCAAAGAAGAGGAAGGAACCUCUGGUUGACGAGGAAGUACUUGACGUCAGACCGUCUAAGAGACAGUGCCAAUCUGGAGAAUUGUUCGAGUCAGAAAGACAACUCGAGCCUGAGAAGCAUUUCCCACUCGAGAAUCGGUACAAUGGACUCGAAGUCGAAGAGAGUGAUGUCGAGGAAAUACUUGAGCCAAAUUUGGACUUUGGAAUCGACUUCAAUAGGAUCGCCGACAGCAUGAUCGUUGAAAAGACUAAGAAAUUGCAAGAACGUGAUUUGAGCGUAAUCGCUGCAUCUGCUAUAAGAACUCGAAUGUAUGGAGUUGUAGAUCAAGGAAGAGAGGAUGGCCUCUGGAGCAUCAUCGCGCAUCCCGACGGCGGGCUUCGGGCUGAACACGUCCUCAGUAGAGACAGUAAAGAAAGAGGUCAUUUGGGUCGCCGGUCUGGCAAUAAGCCCGAAAAUGCAAUCGCCGUCACAGAAGAUUGCGAAGAAGCCAAAACUGUCGCGCUAAGCCAAGGCACAGGUCAUAGAAUAAGUGUUGAGGCGAGACAGCCUGCCAAGACAGACGACAGGCCUGGCUAUCUCGAGAGUGUCUCUAGUCCUAAAGGUUAUGCCAACAUUUGGUAUUCCCAGGGUAGGAUUCGAACAUGUGAAGAGCCAUGUAAAAGUCCUUGGCAGGCUUCCCACCAUUUCGAUGGCAUUUUAACUGCCAUUUCUAUGCAACCAACACGAAGAAAGUUCUAG